AAUGUGGACACACUGGAGAAAUUUUCAUACUAGUUAGCUGUGAAAAGUAUUUAGCAGAAAUAGUUUUGGAAAACUACAGAUUUCGAGGCUAUUUCGGCGCUACCAACCAUAGUUAGCGGCAACCUCGACACCAGCAGUAGCAGCAGUGCACCACAGAUCAAGCAGCAAACAUGGGCGACGUGAUGAAUAUCGACAGCAUAAUAUCGCGACUUCUGGAAGUGCGUGGGGCACGGCCAGGCAAGAACGUACAGCUCUCGGAAGGCGAGAUACGCGGGCUGUGCCUGAAGUCGCGCGAGAUCUUCCUCUCGCAGCCCAUUCUGCUCGAGCUGGAGGCCCCGCUGAAGAUAUGCGGCGACAUCCACGGCCAGUACUACGAUCUGCUGCGCCUGUUCGAGUACGGCGGCUUCCCGCCGGAGUCGAACUACCUGUUCCUGGGCGACUAUGUCGAUCGCGGCAAGCAGUCGCUGGAGACCAUCUGCCUGCUGCUCGCCUACAAGAUUAAAUACUCGGAGAACUUCUUCCUGCUGCGCGGCAACCACGAGUGCGCCAGCAUCAAUCGCAUCUACGGGUUCUACGACGAGUGCAAGCGUCGCUACAGCAUCAAGUUGUGGAAGACCUUCACGGACUGCUUCAACUGCCUGCCGGUGGCGGCCAUUGUCGAUGAGAAGAUAUUCUGCUGCCACGGCGGCCUCAGUCCCGAUCUGACCUCCAUGGAGCAGAUCCGGCGCAUCAUGCGCCCCACCGACGUGCCCGACCAGGGCCUGCUGUGCGAUCUUCUCUGGUCCGAUCCGGACAAGGACACCAUGGGCUGGGGCGAGAACGACCGCGGCGUCAGCUUCACCUUUGGCGCCGAGGUGGUGGCCAAGUUCUUGCAGAAGCACGAGUUCGAUCUCAUCUGCCGAGCCCAUCAGGUUGUCGAGGACGGGUACGAAUUCUUCGCCAAGCGCCAGCUGGUCACCCUCUUUUCGGCGCCCAACUACUGCGGCGAGUUCGACAAUGCCGGCGCCAUGAUGUCCGUGGACGACACGCUGAUGUGCUCGUUCCAGAUCCUCAAGCCGGCUGACAAGCGUAAAAAGUAAUAUCACACACUCACACAGCACCACGAGCAGUCUUUUUCUAUAUAAAACAAAAAACAAAACAAAUCCAACCAAGAAACAAAACAAAAAUACAGCAACAACCAGAAAUAAUAUGCUUCGUAGCCACACAUCAGAUCAUGGAUGAAACCCGGAAAGCGUCAAAAUCCACACAAAAAACACUCAACAACGCGGACAGCCAGCGAAUGCAUGGAGGAGCAAGCCUCGACCAAAGGACAUCCUGGGUCCUUAGCAGAAGAAUGAAGUUUUUCCCCUUGAGAUUUUAUUCGCAAUUACAAACACAUUGACAUGAUUAUACCAUGAUUAAAGCCACAUAUUUAUUUUUAAUCGCCCCCGCAUAUAUACAUAUAUAUACCGACCAACCAACCAUCCAACCACACACACACACACCUGCGAUUAUAGGUUUUGUCCAAAUUUUAAACACUAGGUAAACAGGUCCGUACGAGCAGAGCACCCAGCAUUAUAUUGGAUUAGAAGUACGGAAAGCGACUGGACCUCAGUCGGUCACAAAGCAUAUAUAGAAAGGGGGCCCUGUAGCGCUCUUUGGCCUUAAGAGUAUAAAGCAAAACAAAAAAUCGAAGAAGGGAAAUCGUUGAACAGAGGAGAACGCUUGCCAAUAAGUGAAAUAUAAACACUAAGUUUCGACCUUGAAUCAGUUUUUGUUCGUCCACAUUGCAGUCCGAUUAAAUGGACCCAAAAAUACAUACCUGCACCCGAAAUCAAAGAAAUUUAUAAUUUUGCAUUCAACUCCUUUCCGCCUUUCCGUUCCGUUCAUUAAUCAAUCGAUACCCGGUCAUUUUUAAGAUGUGUUUUUUUAAAAUUAACUAUUAUUAAUAUGUAUUAUCAAUAAUCCUUUGUAUUAAUAAACAAAAGAUAUAAAAAGUGUAUGAAUUAUGAAACUGAUUUCAAUAAACAUUUGAAAAAUCCAUAA